CACUGACCCCCCCCCCCAAAGUUCUCGAAUCCUGCUUGAUAGUUGCACUGAGCCGCGUAUAUGAAGCGUCUCUUUCUCGCCCUCUCAAUUUUGGUGGCCUCAAUUUCACUCAUCAUCUACAACUCUGUGACCCUCAAGUCGUUACUCAACCAGUACUCGCCCAGUGACACCAGCAGUCUUUUGUUUUCGAAUAUCCUCUCAGCAAAUCGAGAAAAAGCCACAGAAGAUCUUCCAGAACACAUGAACGGUGUCAAGUCCGCCAUGUCCAAGACUCUGCACCACGCCAAGAUCACUCCACACAGGAGUACCACGAGGGGCCACAGCGACCAUGGCUGGCUCAACACGUAUCACAGCUUCAGCUUCGCGGACUGGUAUGAUCCUCGCUUCUCGCACUUCGGCUCACUCAGAGUCCUCAACGAAGACCGCGUGAAGGCACAGAAUGGCUUUCCCACUCACCCCCACCGGGACUUUGAGAUAUUCAGCUACAUCCUGUCCGGAGAACUUACUCACCGUGACUCGAUGCUGCAGAGAGGUGCCGAGGGCGGUCAGUCGGAUAAGUUCUACCGUAUGCACCGUGGCGACGUGCAGUUCACCACAGGCGGAACUGGAAUUGCACAUUCGGAGCAGAAUGAGCACAGGUCCGAGACGGUGCACUUCCUUCAGAUUUGGGCGAUUCCUUGGAAGCGCGGCCUCACUCCACGCUACCAUACCAAGCAUUUCUCCGACGAGGACAAGCGGCAGGGUUUCGUCCAUGUGCUCAGCCCAUUGAAGGCGGGCGAGGAUGCAACCAAGGCCGAGGAAGAGGAGGCCAAACCCGCUAUCGAGGGGACUAUUCCAAUCCACUCUGACUUUGUGAUGGGCGCGGGCAUUAUCACACCCGAGAAGAAAUUUGAGUGGAAGGUCGGCGCAAACGUCACACAGGCAACCAAGCGCAAGGUGUAUGUCCAUCUGCCAAUGACAAAGGGUGGGAAGGCCAAGAUCAGGCUGGACGGUCGGGAUGAUGCGGUUUUAGAGGAGGGCGACGGAGCUUUCGUUGACUCUAUAAAUGCGGGCGACAAGCUUGUGGUCGAGAGCGUCGGAAGUGCUGAAGCGGAGGUCGUGCUGUUGGACACAGCCUAAGACUGUAUUUACAUCACCGAGGAACCGUUAUGAGAGUGGCUUGAGAUACUACGAAGGCACCCUGGGGCAGGUACAAAAUUGACAGUUUCAAUUUGGAAA